AUGUGGCGUCUGGCGCCACUGGUGAUGCGACUUCUGGUCGUGUCACUGGUGGCGCUCGUUCUCGCCGAGAAAGGCACUGGUGGCGGAACCACAUACGUGGCACAGCUGCCUGUUAAAGAGGUGACGCGCCCGGUGCGCCCCACAGCCGCCCUACCAAGGACUAAGGGGGGGCGCCGCCAGCGCAACCGACGUCGUACCACCACAACCACAACCACCACCGUAAUCCCCGAUGACGAUGAUGAGUACGAGCCAACAACGCCGGGGACAACUACCACAGUCGACCCACGGACCUUCGAUCACACGGACGUGGGGAAAUGCGAAGUGCCACUGGGCAUGCAGAGUGGGAUGAUAUCGAAUGAAUCCCUCUCCGCCAGUUCCAGUUACGACCAGAGCGUGUCCCCGCUCAGUUCAAGGAUUCGGACAGAAAUACGGGGCGGUGCGUGGUGCCCCAAUGGCCUGAUUACGGCGAGGAGUCACCAGUAUCUAGAGAUAGACUUACACGAUGAAUAUUUGAUCACCGCAACUGAGUCCCAAGGCAGAUUUGCUAACUCCAUCGGAGUUGAGUUCGUCGAGAGCUACUCAUUAGAGUUCUGGCGGGACUCUCUCAAUCGCUGGGCCAAGUAUCAAGAUUUCAACGGGAGCCGACUCAUCCCCGGAAAUGUAAACACCUAUACACCAAACAAGUCUAUACUGGAAGCUCCAUUCGUAGCGUCCAAAGUGCGAUUUCUGCCAUUUGCUGAUCAUCCUAGGACUGCUUGCAUGCGUGUGGAAUUGUACGGCUGCCUUUGGAAACAGGCCAUUAUUGCCUACUCCGCGCCUAAGGGCGGAGAUAUGCAGUCGAUGACCGGUGGUGCCAAGUUCGAAGACCUGUCUUACGAUGGUGUUAUUCGUGAUGGACGAAUGUUAGAUGGAUUAGGGCAAAUAACGGAUUCUUACACCGGCCCUAAUGACUUCGAACUGCCAGACCCGGAUGACACUACAGGCUCCCGCUGGGUUGGAUGGAACAAAUCGAUGUUGAUCGAUGACGAAGUGGAACUAACGUUCAACUUUAGUGAUACAAGGGUUAUGUAUUUCGUGGACAUUCACACUAAUAAUAUGUUCACCAAAGACGUUCAGCUCUUCAAGGAAGCAGAAGUAUACUUUUCACUUGAAGGUGAACGGUGGCAGGAGGAUUUUGUAUCAUACGAACCCAAGCAAGACAGAGUUUCGGAGCAUGCGCGUGUCAUCCACAUUGACUUGGAGAACCGCACCGCGAAGCACAUCAUGUUAAAGUUCAAGUUCCAGCAUGAAUGGAUUCUAAUCAGCGAGGUCACAUUCAAGUCUGCUCCAACGGUCGUCAACUCAUCAAUUGAGUUCUUGGAUGAAUACUAUCGGACGGAUGUACCACCAACUUCGAGGAAGAAAAGAAACUCCACUUCACGAACUUCUGUGGGCCUUGCUUGCGGUGCUCUUAUCGGUGGCGGUAUAUUUAUAGCUGGUACUACGGUGUUACUAACGAAACGUAUUAGAAGAAGGAUUCCGAACAUGCUGAAAAAACCAUUCUGUCCAUCGUUAAGAAGUGGGAAUUCCGCAAGAAACAAUAGACGAGCACCGCGUCUUGCACUCGGGCUAGCUAACUGUCCACCGAUACACAUGUUACGACCAGCUAUAGUUGACGAGGAUUAUCGCGAGCCCUACAACAUAUGGAAAGAAACGCUAGGACGCCGUGACAAACGCUAUGUUCCCGAUCAGAACGAGUACAACGAAAUCUACGAGGAGAACGAGUUUCCACGGCCCUACAUGAUGCGACGACCGGACCCCCACGAAAGUUUCUAUGCCGCUACGGAUAUUAUACACCACGCAUACCCGGAAGAACGCUAUCGGCGCCGUGAGAGACCUAUCCCGGGUCUCUUCACCUCCAUCAAACUCCCUGAAGCCGAGCCCCCAAACGGGGUGGCGCCCCUGCUGGAUUUUCCGCGGGGGCGCAUGCGACCGGUUACUUUCCUCGGCGAGAGCCUUCAUGGCAAUAUCCAGAUAUGCGAGACCGACGGCAUCGAAGAACUGAGCGACGAAGAAUGCCCGAGCACUGGCGGCCGCCGCCGACAGCGUGUUGUUGUCAAGACGCUUUGGCGCGGCUGCCAUAACGAUAUCAAAGCGGCGUUCGCCCGCGAAGCUACAUGGGGCGCAGGGCUCAAGCAUCCUCAACUCGCGAGAGUGCUAGGUUUGAGCCUGCUAGAGCCCCCAUGCGCGGCCCUCGAUCGCGGCGAUGCUGCUCCCCUCCCCACGAUUCUGAAAACGGACAAGAAAUUGAAUUAUUCCAGUUUGACUCACAUAUGCUGUCAGAUAGCAGCCGGCAUGAAGUAUCUGGAGUCGUUCGAAUUAGUACACCGAGAUCUGGCUGCUCGCAAUAUAACAGUGACUGAAGAACUUCAUGUCAAGAUAUCUGACUACGCAAUGUUCUGUGAGGAAUUCGUGACCGACUACCAUAUGAUGGCUGAUGGCUGUCGCUUUCCGUUACGUUGGAUGGCUUGGGAAAGCUUGCUUAUGGGCGUGUAUGCUCCAUCAAGUGAUGUCUGGUCAUUCGGCGUAACUGUCUGGGAAAUACUAACUUAUUGCCUCGUCAAACCGUUCGACGAAAUGAAUGACGACCAGGUUAUAGCAAACGCGAACGAGUGGCGUCGUGGAGGUCGCGGUGCCCGGGUGCCCGCAGCACCACCGCCGCGUUGCCGCCGGGAGCUCUACGACCUCAUGCACGAAUGCUGGCGACGUGAACCUGAACAGCGGCCGCGCUUCUAUGACCUGCAUCGCUUCCUGGAACGUAUGACCCAUGGCUAUAAGCCACCAUUCAUUCGUUAAACUAACACC